GCAUCUACGAUAUUGUCCACUAGUCAAGGCCUCCAUUAUAUCUCCAGCAAGCCAACAUUUCCUUUUUCAGUAAUAAUUUUAAAGUCCGAUCAACCUAGUAUGCAGUUCUCCUGUCUUUCUCCGGCCACCCUUACAAAUGCAAACAACAUGCUAUGCAAAUACCUUAUAUAUACACCAUCCUUAAAACCCUCUUAGCCCAAUCUUCUCCCAGUCCAACACAACCAACCACCCCACUUCCCACCCCACCAUGACUACCACCCACGGCGCUCUCCUGGUCAUCGGCUCUGGCCCCGGCAUCGGCAUACAUACCGCGUCACUUUUCGCCGCCCGCGGCUUCUCCCACAUCCUACUCGUCUCGCGCAGCGCCAGCCGUCUCCAAACCGACGCCGAAGCCGUACGAGCCGCCGCGCCCAAUGCCAUUAUCGACACCAUCGCCGCUGAUGUCUCCUCCGCCUCGUCUCUGAACGCCGCCCUUGCAGAAGCCGAGUCCAAGCUCGCGCAGAGCAGAAUCCCGCUCGAGACUGUGUUUUUCAACGCCGCACGCGUGGGCGAGAGCAAAGUGCUAGAGUUCCCAGUCGAGACGCUCGAGGAGGACUUUCGGGUACGCAACCAAUGCCAUCGUCCCGCGAUUCCCCUGUCGUCCACGCACCUGCUAACCCACGCUCUUCUAGAUCGCCGUCUCAGCGCUCUACAUCACCGCGCAGUGGGCAUUGCCGCGCCUCCUCGCCUUCCGCAGCUCCCAAGCCCAUCCGCACGCAUCCCAGCACCCCUCUUUCCUCGUCACAGGCGGGUUCCUGCACCGCGACCCGUACCCGCCGCUCUUCUCGCUGUCGGCCGUCAAGGCCGCGCAGCACAACCUCGUCGGCACGCUGUACAAGACGCACGCGCGCGCCGGCGUGCACUGCGCCAUGCUGCUGGUGGGCGGCUUCGUGGGCCCGGAUGCCCGCGUCUGCAAUCCCGCCAAUAUUGCUGAGAAGGCUUGGGAGCUGUAUGCGCAGGAGCCGGAGGCGUGGGAGAAGGAGGUUGAGAUCGUGGAGCCGGAUUGGGAGGAGAGGACUAGGUGGGAGGGUUGAGCGUUGGGGUGGUAUGCUUGAAGGAAUUAAGACUGGGGGAACUAGGCUGUUCUAUGUAGAGAAGCAUGCUAGUCCAGAAAUCGCAGCGAUGAGAGAAAGAGAAUAACUCGGAGAUGGGCUGGCAAUAUUCUGCACAGCAGACAGGCACAACCAGGUCUAAAAAUAAAGACG